AUGGGCGGUGAAAAACCGAGUAUUGGCUCAGAUUUUACUCCUAUGCACGACAAUGCAUACAGCCAGGAGGACAAAAAAUGGCUCUUGCAGGAGAACAUUCAAGUUGCAUUGUCGUGGCUCGUUCAAACACUGGACUUGAAUCCGAUUGAGCACGCGAGGGAUAUACUGCAGAAGAUUUUGAAAAACCUUGACAGUUUGUCCACCACCCAACAACUGCGGACUUAU